AUGGGUGGAAAUCUGGUGACCAAGCGCGAUUACUUCGAGAUGAUACGCGCCGGUGGUAAUGGUGAACCACCAGCCGGUACUGUACCGGUAUUCCUGCCAGUACUACCGCCCAAGAUCAAGUCUAUCUCGCACGAGGCACUUGUACGCUGGAAGAAGGAGCGACGAGACUACGAGACGAAACUUCACAACAGAUGCAGAGUGACUGGCGAAGACUAUGAUGCGGUGGUAGAGCAGAUCAAGGUUUCGUUCGACGCUGAUCUCCUGGACGUCUUCUGCGAGUUCCAGUUGAAUGUGGAGACUGUGGACGUGACUGAAGGGAUGUUGAUCGCCGAGAUCGAACACAUCGUGGGGAGCGUCAAGAGCAAGGCGUAA